GGGUGGUCCGGCCGUCCGGGUGGGGGCGCCAUCCGUAGCCAGCCACUCGCCCGUGAAAGCUUUUACUUCUACGGAAAGAACCGAGGCGCGGCCCGCGGGCGCCAACCUGUUCCCACCCAUGUAGCCACCCCCCACCCACCCACACCACACACACACCCACCGCGCGCAGCGCAGUCCAUCCAUCCACGCACACGCGCACCCGUCCCUCUCGGCGCCCCUCUCCCCCCUCCUCCACUCCGCUGCUGCCUGCUUGCCUCCUCCUUGCCGCCGCGACCGCGACCGCCGUUCGCUGUCGAGGCCAGAGGAGAGGAGUGGUCAAGUCCGAGGCCACCUGCCCAGGCUCAGACCUCCCCCGCCACAACGCGAGCCGCAUCGCCUCGUCUCCUCCACGCCAUACACGCCCGCCUUCCCUUCCCCGGCGACCAGGACCCCUCGCCCGCGGCGCCAGCGAGCUCCCCCGGCCAGUCGUAGGCCUCCCGGAGCUCAGCACGCACGCAGGUGGGUCCAGUGAGGCCUGGUUGUGCGCGUUCCUGCGGGCGUCGUCGGGGCAGAUCCAUGGAACUCAGCCGCCCGCAGCGCGGAUAGUACUGCACUUGUGCACCAGCCACCAGCGGAUCGCCAGGACUGCCCACCUGCUGCUGCUUGUGUCGCUAGCCAUUUUUCGGGCGUCUGGCUUGGAGGAUAUGGCCGCGGCGAUGGACGCGCCCAACCCUGGAGCGGCUGCUGGCCCAGGAAUGCCUAGUGACGCCCUGUACCAGGAGCUGUGGCAUGCGUGUGCUGGCCCGUUGGUCACAGUACCUAGACAAGGCGAGCGUGUCUAUUACUUCCCUCAGGGCCAUAUGGAGCAGCUCGAGGCGUCUGCACACCACCAGCAGCUUGAUCAGUACUUACCGAUGUUCGAUCUACCACCCAAGAUCCUAUGCAGAGUAGUCAACGUGGAACUACGGGCCGAAGCUGAUUCAGAUGAAGUUUAUGCUCAAAUUAUGUUGCAGCCAGAAGCUGAUCAAAAUGAACUCACCAGCCUGGACGCUGAACCACAAGAACGUGAAAAAUGCACUGCCCAUUCCUUCUGCAAGACACUGACAGCUUCAGAUACGAGCACUCACGGCGGGUUUUCUGUUCUUCGGAGGCAUGCUGAGGAAUGUCUUCCUCAGCUGGACAUGUCUCAAAAUCCACCUUGCCAAGAACUGGUUGCCAAAGAUCUCCAUGGCACUGAAUGGCAUUUUCGGCACAUUUUUCGAGGGCAACCCAAGAGGCAUCUCCUUACCACCGGCUGGAGUGUCUUUGUUAGCUCAAAAAGAUUGGUUUCUGGGGAUGCAUUCAUCUUCAUGAGAGGUGAAAAUGGUGAGCUACGGGUUGGUGUAAGGAGGCUCAUGAGACAAGUAAAUAGCAUGCCGUCAUCUGUCAUAUCAAGCCACAGCAUGCAUCUUGGAGUAUUGGCCACAGCCUCCCAUGCCAUCUCCACUGGAACCCUCUUUUCUGUUUUCUACAAACCAAGAACUAGUCGCUCUGAUUUUAUUGUGAGUGUGAACAAGUACCUUGAAGCUAAGAAGCAGAAAAUAUCUGUUGGAAUGAGGUUUAAGAUGAGAUUUGAAGGUGAUGAUGCUCCUGAAAGAAGGUUCAGCGGAACAAUCAUUGGCAUCGGGAGUUUGCCGGCAAUGUCAAAAUCUCUGUGGGCAGAUUCUGACUGGAGAUCUCUAAAGGUUCAAUGGGAUGAACCUUCAUCCAUUCUUCGUCCAGAUAGAAUCUCACCAUGGGAAGUGGAGCCACUGGAUGCAGCUAAUCCACAAUCCCCUCAACCUCCACUAAGGGCUAAGCGUCCACGACCCCCAGCUUCACCUUGUAUGGUUUCGGAACUGCCUUCAGGUUUUGGACUCUGGAAAUCCCCAAUUGAAUCAUCCUGUACACUCUCAUUUUCGGAACCUCAACGGGCUCGAGAGUUAUUUCCUUCAAUCCCCACGUCAACCUUGUCAUCUUCAUCAAAUGUCAGUUUUAAUUCAAAGAAUGAGCCGUCCAUGCUAACCAGUCAGUUCUACUGGUCAGCAAGGCAUACAAGAGCUGACUCCUGCGCUGCUAGCACCAACACAGUCGUAAUUGAAAAGAAGCAAGAGCCAAGUUCUGGUGGUUGUAGAUUGUUUGGAAUUAAUAUAUGCUCAGCUGAGGAAGAAGUAUUACCUGAGGUUACUGCUCCAGGUGUUGGUUAUGAGCAGACUGCUGCCUCUGUAGAGUUGAACUCGGAUAAGCUCUCACAGCCAUCUGAUGUCAACAAUUCUGAUGCCCUAGCAGCUAGCAGUGAACGUUCACCUCUUGAAUCCCAAAGCCGGCAAGUGAGGAGCUGUACCAAGGUAAUUAUGCAAGGAAUGGCAGUAGGAAGGGCUGUAGACCUGACAAAGCUUAGUGGCUACAGCGAUCUUUGCCAGAAGCUGGAGGAGAUGUUUGACAUCCAGGGGGAGCUGGGUUCCACACUAAAGAAAUGGCGGGUCAUUUUCACUGAUGAUGAGGAUGACAUGAUGCUUGUUGGAGAUGAUCCUUGGGAUGAGUUUUGCAGGAUGGUGAAAAGGAUUUACAUUUACACAUACGAGGAGGCAAAGAAGCUGACAUCCAAGUCAAAGUUACCGGUUAGCAGUGACAGCAGCAAGCUGAGCGCUGCGAACUCACUGUCUGAAUGACUAUGAACAAAAACUGCAGAGUGCUAACGUCCCUCUAAUUUUGUUAUUUCCAUCAUUUGAUUAUGGGGGUGAAUGCUCACGGUUGCUCCGUGGGCUGAAGUUGUGGUUGGCAUUCAACUGCCUUGAGUUUUGGAGGCUUUUGGACUGCCUUGCCAGCAUGAGCCUCCUGGAAGAGGCACCCUGGCAUCUGCGUGCCAUUUCCCAUUUGUUCGUGCCGUUUGGUAGGAGUAUCCAUUGGCUUAUUUAGCAGGUCCCUGGUUUGAAGAAAGAAGCGGUCAGCUGCAAGAUGGACGGUGCCUUGCCUCUUCUUCGACUACUUAGCUAGUAAUUAGGACUAUGUAUGUAAUGAAUGUAUAUAGUGCCAUUAAGACGCCCAUGCCCUGGUAUUGAGGUCCCGGCAUUUGUAUGAAUCAAUUGUUCGGAAAUUGUUACCUUUAGCAGCAACGAACCUGAGGGUGUAGGGUGGCCAGGUGGGAGAAGUUGUAUGUUUCUUUCAGUAACAAUCUUUGUGCAAGUGAUCUGUAUAUAGUCUACUGUUUUAAUAAGCAAUGUUGUGCAACUUGCGCUCCUACACCCUACAGUACAGUGGGGCUUUUCU